GCGGCGGGCGGUGCCGGGCCGAGCUCCGGCGGGCGGGGGCGCGGGAUGGAGGUGAUCAGGAGCAAUUUUAAGGAUAACCUAAACAAAGUGUACGAAGCCAUUGAAGAGUCGGACUUCCUGGCCAUCGAUGGAGAGUUUUCAGGGAUCAGUGAUGGGCCUUCAGUUAGUGCAUUAACAAAUGGCUUUGACACUCCAGAAGAAAGGUAUCAGAAACUUAAAAAGCAUUCCAUGGAUUUUUUGCUCUUUCAGUUUGGCCUUUGCACUUUUAAAUAUGAUGACACAGAAGAAAAGUAUAUAAUGAAGUCAUUUAAUUUCUAUAUUUUUCCAAAACCCUUUAACAGAAAUUCACCAGAUGUCAAGUUUGUCUGUCAGAGUUCAAGUAUAGAUUUUUUAGCAAACCAAGGAUUUGAUUUUAAUAAAGUUUUUCGCAAUGGAAUUCCAUAUUUAAAUCAGGAAGAAGAGAGACAGCUAAGGGAACAGUAUGAUGAAAAACGUUCUCAAGCCAAUGGUGCGGGAUCUCUGUCAUACAUUUCUCCUAAUUCCACAAAGUGCCCUGUAACAAUUCCUGAAGAUCAGAAAAAAUUUGUAGAGAAAGUAGUGGAACAGAUAGAAGACUUAUUAAAGAAUGAAGAAAGUGAAAGUUUGGAACUGGAGCCAUGUACAGGAUUUCAAAGGAAAUUAAUUUAUCAGACCUUGAGCUGGAAGUAUCCAAAAGGUAUCCACGUGGAAACUCUGGAGUCAGAUAAGAAGGAGAGAUAUAUUGUUAUUACUAAGGUGGAUGAAGAGGAACGAAAAAGAAGAGAGCAGCAGAAACAAGCAAAAGAGCAGGAAGAGUUGAAUGAUGCUGUAGGAUUUUCCAGAGUUGUUCAUGCCAUUGCUAAUUCUGGCAAGCUUGUUAUUGGGCACAACAUGCUGCUGGAUGUUAUGCACACCAUACAUCAGUUCUACUGCCCUCUACCUGAUGACCUAAGUGAGUUCAAGGAAGUAACAUCAUGUGUCUUUCCCCGGUUACUGGAUACUAAACUGAUGGCAAGUACACAACCUUUUAAGGAGCUCAUUAAUAAUACAUCACUUGCAGAACUGGAAAAACGUUUAAAAGAGGUUCCAUUCAGCCCUCCUAAAGUUGAAAGUGCAGAAGGAUUUCCAAGUUACGAUACAGCAUCUGAACAACUCCAUGAAGCAGGGUAUGAUGCUUACAUUACUGGACUGUGCUUCAUUUCCAUGGCUAAUUUCCUAGGUUCAUUCCUCAGUCCUCCGAAAAACCAUGUGUCUGCUAGAUCAGAACUCAUUGAACCUUUUUUUAACAAGCUAUUUCUUAUGAGAGUAAUGGACAUACCAUAUCUCAAUUUGGAAGGACCAGACUUGCAGCCCAAACGAGAUCAUGUUCUUCAUGUUACUUUUCCCAAAGAGUGGAAGACUAGUGACCUAUACCAGCUUUUUAGUGCCUUUGGUAACAUUCAGGUUUCGUGGAUUGAUGAUACAUCAGCAUUUGUCUCACUGAGCCAGCCAGAGCAAGUACAAAUAGCUGUAAACACCAGCCGGUAUGCCGAAAGUUAUAGGAUCCAGACAUAUGCAGAAUAUGUGGAGAGAAAACAUGAAGAAAAACAGGCCAAGAGAAAAUGUACAGAAGAUAGUUGGAAGGAGAUGGAGAGGAAGAGGUUAAAAACCCAGUGCACACCUUACAUUUCCCAGAGUCGGUACUACUGUGUUAACAGUUUUACAGGUACCAGUACAGUGGGAAAGAGAAGCAUGAGUCCUAUUGAGGAAGAAACUGUUUCUGAUGAUAUGGAAGAGGGAGAAGGCCAAGAUCCAGAAAAUGAUCAGACAGACUCCUGUGCAGAGUCCCUUCCAGAUGGCAAAAAGAGAGCCAAAAAGUUGAAAAAGAUCAAGACAGAGCAAGUUCCAGCAGGAAGCCUCACAAGUAGUUCCACUGGAAUUUUUGAGGUCCCUGAAACAUGGUAGGAAACAACUGCCUUAAAAAGUGGAAUUGAUUGAAAGCAGUUGAGAGAAUACACCUCUUGGAAGCCAUACUUUAUUUAAAUAAAGUGGUGUUAACAAAGCAGUAUGUGUCCUGAAAAUCAGUUUAAUUAUUUUAAACUGUUUCUUGAACAAUCACUGUCAAUUUUACUCGUGUGUACAUCACCUAGCAUAUGACUUGUUGUUGAUCCUGUGAAAUCCUUGCUGUUGUAACUGAUGUUAGGUUUAAGAAGCAAGACUCAAUGUCCUUUGGUCACCUCCUUUGGCAUGCUGGCUGUGAACUGUACAAGAACUGGCACUCUGUGAUUUUGUGCUAGGCUGUUUCCUUUGCUUGGGGAGUUACUACAGCUCUCCUAAUAUUUAACUGUUUUCAGGCAGCUUCAGUAUGCUGUCAGCAUUCUGGAAGCAGGUAGAACUGCAGUUCUACUUACUGUUUUCUACCUGCUACUUUAUCUGGGAACAUUUUUUGAAUUUCUGUUCUCUACCCUCACCCCCAGUGCAGGUGGUAUUCAUCUAAAUACCAGCAUUACACAUACCUACCCUUUCAAAAAACUGUAACUUAAAAGUUUCUCCAACAUUAAUUUCCUGGUGGGAAGUAGUUUUUCUUUGUUUUCACAUCUGUUGUUCCCACUUUUAAAUCCUGAUUCUGUAAAAAAUGUUUUUUGGUAAAUGUGAUAAACCUGCUAACUGCACCAGCCCUUUAUUGUUUAAAAAAGGAUCUGCAUUGGUAGAUUUCAGAAAAUGUUUGAUAUUUAAAUUUUUGUAUCAUGGAAAUAAAACCAAAAUAUGUAUUUCCAUAACAUGAAAAUUAAAGACAUUUUCUUAGGAA